GGGAAACCCCCUUCUAAACUUCCUCGAUUGAUUGAAUGACACGCAAAAGGUGACUGAUCUAAAUUGCUUGGAUUUUCCAGACUUAUUGUUCGUUUUAAAUAUAAGGAUUUCCAUCGGUUGUAAAUACCAGUUUUCAAACAGAAUUUAAUCGAGAGAGUUGUACAAUUUAUCUACAAAGUAAAUUUUGUUCCAGAAGUGAACACAAAGCAACUACAAGUUAUAGUCCGACAUUUUGAAUAUAAUUUAACAGAGAAAAGUAUGGAUGCUCAUUGUCGUCAUAAAGGUGGAGAUAUCGAGACUGAUGGUGAACAAUUAUUAAAACACCAAACUGAUGAAAGAUUUGACUCUGCGUAUUCAUCGUACAAUUCAGUUAAUUCAUCUAGUUCUAUACAAGGAUUUAAAAGUGACUUAGAACUGAGACGUGAAAUAACACAAAUUUCCAGCAUGUCUAAAUCAACACAUAACUUUGAUUCUUUUAAUCCUAAAGACAGUGGUCUUGGACUAGAUUCAGUUGACAGUGCAAUCGGCAAAUCACUUCAAUCGGUCGAAAUUGAAGAUGACAUUUUAUGCGAAAAAGCCUCCGAUGUUGAAGGAAAGUUUCAGAUCAGUGACAUUUCAGAGCGUCUUGGUGAUAUGAAAAUCAAUUCUUUAGACUCAUUGGGAUCUAGUUGCAGUUCUAUCGAUUCUGACAGAGUAACGCCAGAAGCUAUGGUCGUAUAUGGAAAAGACGAGGAUGGCGAUACCUUAUUGAACAUUGCUAUUUUAGAGCGACAAACACAACUCGUAUCUGAGUUUAUAAAGCUUGCACCAGGGUGUGUCUGGUUAGACAUUCAAAAUAGCGAUAUGUGGCAGACACCCUUACAUUUGGCCGCUUUAACUCAUCAGAUGGAGAUAGCACGGAGAUUAAUGGUUGGUGGGGCCGAUAUUGAAAUUCAGGACUGCAAUGGAGAUACACCACUUCAUAUUGCAUGCCGUAUGGGGGAUAUAGACAUGGUUUCAGUUUUAUUGCGGCCUAUUGAACUAAGUGAAACACAAUUUAACGAAUACAGAAUUCCUGUAAGACAAGUUCCACAGAAUCUUGAAAUUAGAAAUUCCAGUGGAUAUACAUGUUUACACGAAUCAGCACUCAACGGACAAUUGAACAUUAUGAAAGUAUUGAUUUCAAAAGGAGCUCAAGUAAAUACAAAAGAAUGUAAAUGUGGAGCAACAGUACUCCAUAUGGCCAUCGAUCGAAGCAAUUCUGAAAUGGUCAGUUACUUGCUAUCGCGAAGAGACACAAACAUUGACAAUAAACUAUAUAAUGGAACAACUCCAAUGCUUUUGUCGCAUUAUCGUAAAAACACUGAAAUACUUGAAAAAUUAAAGCGUGCCGGAGCAUCAUUUGGAAACCUUAGUUUGACCGGUAGUCCAAAUUCCAGUGAGGAUGAUGAUAUGUAAAAUAGAAACUGUACAAAAACUUUUCUUAAUUCAAAUCUCAGGAAUAUUUCAUAAACAGGUUGUUCAUACUGCUGACAAAAUUAAAAUGUUCAUAUAAAUAUGUAAAUGUAUUUAUUUUUACUAACUUUAAACGGAUUCCACUGUUUUUUCACUCUGAUUGUGUAAGAAAAUGGAUUAUCUGUGUAGAUAGAUUUCAUACUAGUAUUAAAAGUUUGAUAUUGAAAA